UUGAUCUCUGGACGCGCAAGCGCCGACCGGUGUAUCUUCACCUACUUCUAUUGCUCCCGGUCGUCGUAGAAUCUGCGAAAAUUCGGAACGUAACACGGUCGUCUAUUUUCGUUUAUCUGAACAAGCAACCGCCUCCCGUGACGCUGCUGAUUUCAGUCAAGCAGGUGAACGAGAAAACGUUCGAUGUCGGCUCUUCUAGAAGUAUGCGGGAAUGAUACCGGGUCGCCAUCGAUAUCGAAGGCCGACGAUAAUCUAUCCAACAGCGAUGGACCUUUGAUUAAAGGCAUUAUCCGCCAAAAUAGUUGCGGCAGUAUGCAUGCGAGGACGAUCGCUUCGUACGGCAUGUCAUCAACGGACGAAAAAUCUACUAAAAGGCGUUAUUGUCUCUGGAUGUUGACUUUGGUCCUGGCGGUAAUCGGUCUCUGCAAUCUUUUUCUAAACAUCACUGUUAUCGCUGUUUUGCGCAUAAGUCAAGGGAUGGAAGCUAUAGAAAUUAUCCCGGACGAAAAUCUUGUCAAAUUCUAUGGAAGAACAGAUUUGGACAAGAUAUCUCUGCAAUCGGGCAUUUGCCAGAGUUACGGCGACGAACCGAUGGAAAUAUCCGGUGAUGAAGCUGGAGUGCAUGUUGACGUAAAGAAUCGCGGACAUACCCACGAAGCAUAUCCACACUCAAAGUUAGGCGUCCUACCAAAUGGUACUACUAUGUCGCAAGUAGAAUCAUUCGAAGUGAAGGAUCCACGUACCGGUACAAUCUACUUUACUACAGACUUCCCUAACUUUGGUCUACCAAACGGCGUUGAAACGAUUGACGUGAGAAUCGCAGAGACUCAUCGGAUCACGUCGCCAGUUAACGAGAGUCUGGCAUUCAAGUCUGACAACGAAGUCUCGUUGCACGGUGCGGAGGGCGUACACAUGGAGAGUAAGGACAUCGUGUGGAGCGCCGAUCUCGACAUCUUCUUGAAGAGUGUGAACGGCAGCGUCGUGCUGGACGCCAAGGACGGCGUUUUCAUUGAUAUGGAGGAUAUUCCGGUGUCACCUAUGUUCCUGCAGAGCCCGACCACAAGCCACGAGCAGUACAAAGUCUGUGUGUGUAUGCCGCAGGGCAAGCUUUUCAGGAUACCAGUCCGACCAGGUGCAAGUUCUCGUACAGUUAAUUGCGCGCGAGUUGUCAGAACCCCGGAGAAUGAUCCCUGCCUACACUAGGUUCCAAGUAAAGAGUAAUGUUUUCUAUCGUACACUUCAUUACACGCUUAAAUGACGUGCAUAUCACUGCCAA